CUGCCAUGAAGUGUUGUACACAACGUUCAUUCACUCUCGGGAGCCUACGACCAUUGAUGGUCACAGCCACACAGCAUAGGAUGUUGGAGAAAAUUAUAUUACCUUGUCUUUUAGCUUGGAACUAUACUGAUUUCGGCACAAAAAAAAUAGAGUAUUUUUUAAAUUGCUUUUUUAAUACGGUCGGUGCGUAAACGGAUAUGUAUUUGUCACUACAGUUCCACAUGUGACAGCCGCAUUAUGCUCGACUCAUCUCUCAACUUUAGGCUGCGGAGGAAAGGCUGGACCGUGGUUGUAGUUUUAGGUGUUAUUAAUCUCUUAGUGGUUUUAUUUAAUUUAAUGGGUUACUCGAAUGGGUUGUCAGCAAACAAACAAAUAAAGACACAGACGCGAAUUGAAACAGCUUUUAUUACCGUGACACUUCCACCGCAAGAUAAUGGACAACACGACCUUAAUAACAGCGUUGUAAUAUUGCGAACUCCGAAGUUUAAGGAUAUACAUUUACCCAAUACAGCUACUACAACAACUACUAACACUACUUCUACUACAACUUUGUGGAAUAAGUUUGAAAAAUGUUCUGAUCCGUCUCCUCAUCUGGUGGGGCCUCUCAAGGUGGAGUUCUCUACGCCUGUCAGCUUGGACACAGUGAGGAAGGAGAACCCAGGUCUGCAGGGAGGAGGUCGCUACAAACCACAAGACUGCGCCGCCCUCCAAAAGGUUGCUCUAAUCAUCCCCUUCCGCCAUCGCGACGAUCACCUCAAGUUCUGGCUCUACUACCUCCAUCCCAUCCUUCAGCGCCAACAGCUGGACUACGGCGUCUACGUCAUCAAUCAGCAAUCCUUCACCCUCGCUUCCUACAGAAAAUGUAAGAGGGAUGAAAGAAGAGGAAACGUAAAUGAUGGAGACGACACAUUCAACAGGGCCAAGCUGAUGAACAUUGGCUAUGCUGAGGCCCUGAAAGAGUAUGACUACGACUGCUUUGUGUUCAGUGACGUGGACAUCAUCCCCAUGGAUGACCGCAACCCCUACAAAUGCUUCAGCCAGCCCAGACACCUGUCUGUCUCCAUGGACAAGUUUGGCUUCAAGUUGCCCUAUAACCAGUACUUUGGCGGUGUCUCAGCGUUAAGUAAGGAGCAGUUCCUGGAAAUCAACGGCUUUCCCAACAACUACUGGGGCUGGGGUGGUGAAGAUGAUGACAUUUUCAACAGGUUGAGCUCCAGAGGAAUGUCCAUCUCUCGUCCAGAUGGCGAGGUCGGAAAAUGCCGGAUGAUCCGUCACGAGAGAGACAAACUGAACGACCCAAAUCCUCAGAGGUUUGACAGAAUACAACGCACGAGACUGACGAUAAAUACAGAUGGGAUCAGCUCUCUCAAGUACAAAGUCGUCAAAGUGGAAAAGGAUGCUCUGUUCACGAAAAUCACAGUAGAUGUGGGGAAACCUUAGUGAAAGUGGAUAAAUGUUAGUAGUUAUUUUGCACAUCACUUAUCACAAGGUGGAGGACAGAGAAAGCACAGCGGAACCAUGGAAUGCAGUACUGAGAAUACUCUGAAUUCUCCGGAAUGCGUGUAUUUAUUGUGGAAACAAAUGGACAGCACUUGGAUGAAUGGGAUGGCACAACAAGACCUCAUAAAUAUCAGAGUGGAUCAAAAUGUUUGAUCAACAUGUUUGACUUCUAAUGGCAGGCCACAAGGGAAGGGGCGUGGGACGAAGAAGUUAUUUUGUAUGUCAUUUGUAAUGAGUUGUCUUUGUGUAAUUCUGUAAGGGAGAACUACUUGGUUUAUAUGUGUAUAUAAGUUGUAUACCUUUGCAUAUAGUUAAUACAUAUUUUAUAUAUUGUUUCUUUCAUUUUCGGCUAAGAUAUUUGAGAUGAUUAUGGGUUUAAUAUAUUUUGCGGAAAUGUUUCCCAUGUUUGAAACUGUGUGAAAGGUCUUAAUCACAAUCUAAAAGCAACGAUUGGUUUGGUUACUUAUAUAUAUUUCUAAAAACA